AUGGCAUUGAAAGAAGCGAUACACGCUGACUUCAUCCUCAAACCUGGUGAUAAUGGACCAGGCAUCCCCACCCAUAAAGCUGUUCUGGCAGUGAAAUCAAAAGUGUUUAGAAGCAUGUUGGAAACUGAUGAAUGCAAAGUUUCACCUGAGAAAUCAAUCACUAUCCAUGACCUAAGCUACGGAGAACUCGAGUCUCUCCUUGAAUUCUUCUACAGUGGUACGUUGAGUCGUGACAACAAACAUGUUCGAGCCCUCUAUCUCGCUGCGGACAAGUACGACAUUCAAUACCUCCAAGAUAUUUGCAGAGAAAUAUUAAUCUCGUCUCUAAGCUCUGAAAACGUUCUUGACAUCAUCCAACUUUCAAAUAUCCCUUCGGAUGCAAUCCUCAAGGCAGCUGCGAUAGUUUUCCUUCUCAGAAGAAACAUAGGCAUGAUUUUUCAAAAGAGUUUUGAAACAUUUGCACUUAAGGACCCUAGUACGACCUUGGAGAUCUUUCAAGCCUGUAUAAGAAUCCUGCGUGCACUCAGCCGAAAACCAACACAGCCAAAUUAA